AUGUUACUGAAAAAUAAAUUUUGGAUAUUCAUUCCGUAUUUACUAGUUUUUGUCUGCAGUGAAGAAGUAAAACAAAAAACUAGGAAAGGAAAAUUUCUAUUACCGUUUUAUGUCCAACAUAGGCCAAUAGAAAAUAGGGGAUUGUAUGGUUGUCCAAAUAAAAGAAUGAGACUACCUUCUGGAAGAGUUCUAGGAGGCAGCUCCAUCACAGACUUUUUACUGUAUUCCAGAGGAAAUCCAGCAGAUUUCGACCAAUGGCAAGAAUCUGGAAACCCAGGAUGGUCUUACGAAAACGUGCUAAAGUAUUUUAAAAAAUCCGAAAACGCUAAUCUCAACGCGGCUGAUUCUGAGUACCAUCAGGCUGGAGGACCAUUAACCGUAAGCGAUGUGCCAUACAGAACACAAUCUGCUAAUGCCUUUGUCCAGGCUGCCCAGGAAGCAGGGUAUCCGUUUUUGGACUAUAAUGGAAAAAACCAAAUUGGUGUUUCGUACCUUCAAACAAUCACCAAAAACGGUAAAAGAGUCAGCGCAGAAAAAGCCUUCCUUAGACCAGUACGUUAUCGAAAUAACCUUAAAAUAAUCAAAAAUUCCCGCGCCAUCAAAAUCUUGAUAAGUCCUGACACCAAACAGGCUUAUGGCGUUCAAUAUAUCAGAGCCAGGCAGUACUGGCAAGCUUCAGUUAAAAAGGAAGUUAUUGUGUGUGCAGGGGCCUUCAACAGUCCUCAGCUGCUAAUGUUGUCAGGAAUUGGACCAAAACGGCAUCUGGAGAAUUUGGGUAUUUCAUUAGUACAGGAUCUACCAGUAGGAAAGAAAUUAUACGAUCAUGUCUUAUUCCCUGGAUUGAAUUUCGUACUGAACCAGUCGAUCGUUCCCAACCAAGAGUGGGAAACUGGUAAGCUGGACAACUACAUCGAUAUUAAUGAUGGAAAAGGUCCAUUUACAGUACCAAUAGGUGGACUGGAAGCUGUGACGUAUCUAAAUACUAAGAAAACUCUGGUUUGGAAUCCAAGUCAACCAAAUAUUGAACUGUUGCUCUUCGGAGGUGGUAUCAGUGGUGAUAAAAACCUAGUGUACAGAAAACUAUUUGGAAUAUCUCGGGAAGUGUAUAAUACUAUUUGGAAACCACUGGAAGGAAAGCCAGUGCUACAAAUUUUGCCAGUAUUGCUAUAUCCCAAGUCGUCUGGAUACUUAAAACUUAAAACAAACAACCCCUAUCACUGGCCUAAAAUAUACAGCAACUAUCUUACGGACCCUGGCCACUAUGACGCUAGAACUCUUUUGGAGGGAAUAAGGGAAGCUCAGAGGAUUGCCAAAAGUCCAGCCCUACUAAAAUAUGGCGCUCAGCUCGUUGGUGUUCCCAUUCCAGGUUGUGGACACCACGUAUUCGACUCCGAUGAAUAUUGGCUGUGUUCACUCUGCCAGCUAGCAACAUCUCUCGGAGAUUACACCUCUACGUGCAAAAUGGGUCCAGAUAACGACCCAGAAGCUGUAGUAGAUUCCAAACUAAAAGUCCGUGGAGUUCAUAACUUAAGAGUAGCUGACGCCAGUGUUAUUCCAGGCCCUACAUCAGGUCAUAUCACCACAGCUGGUUACAUGAUUGGAGAAAAAGCUGCCGAUUUGAUUAAAAAGACGUGGAAGAAACAGAGCUAA